GAAAUUAUUAUUAUUACAAAGUUUUUGGGCUUUAAUUAUAUAAUAACCAUAAAAUUGUCGAUAAAUACCAGAAACUCAAUAUAUAUUUGCUGUAAAUGUGAUGCAAAAAGUUUUUGUCACCAAAUUUAGUCUCAAUUCAUGCGUUAGUUUUGUGCGAAAAGCGAGAAAUUAAUUAUUAUUUUAAAUGUAAUUCACUUAUAAUUAAAAAGUUUGUGUUUUUUGUAUGACUACUCAUUAUUAGCGUCAUAAUUACAUACCAGUCCACACAUACCUGUGCUCUCUAUCACACUGUAUAUAUAUAAUUGAAUUAAAUCAAUAAAAUCGCCUUGGUAAUUGUGUUUAAUAAUUUUAAUAAAUUAAAAACUAUUCGACAAAACCAAAUCCAACCGAAAAGCCGAUAAAAAUAUGCUGAAAGUGUUCCGAAGCAUAAUAAUGGGAGCGCCGGGAUCUGGCAAAGGGACCAUCAGCUCACGCAUUAUACGCCACUUCUCGCUGCCGUACCUAUCGGUGGGAGACCUGCUGAGGGAGCACAUCGCCAGAGGCACGGAAGUGGGCCGGGAGGCCGAGCAGUACAUCAAAAACGGCAAACUAGUGCCCGAUGUGGUGGUCAAUAAGCUGGUGAUCAACGAACUGACUGAAAGUUAUAAGGAAAAGCCAUUCCUAAUGGACGGCUACCCGCGCACCGUAGCCCAGGCUCGGGAGCUGUGGUCCCGAGAGGCGCUCAGACCUAACAGCGCCAUCAAUCUGGUCGUACCGGACGACGAGAUCAUUGAACGCAUAAAACACCGUUGGAUUCAUAGGGCGUCGGGACGUACGUAUCAUUUGCUGUAUAACCCGCCCAAGAGUGCCGGUGUGGACGACGUGACGGGUGAGCCACUGGUCCAGAGGGAGGACGACAAGGAGCACGUCGUUAUGCAGAGACUACUCGAGUAUAAGAAACAGUCGGAAGUUAUUAUUGACUUUUUCAGAGAAAAAGGCAUUUUGGAGAACUUCGUGGGCCGCAAGUCCAAUGAAAUCUACCCCAAAGUGGAACUGUAUUUAAGUCAACGCAUUGACCGCACCGUACAAUAAGUGAUACAUUUUUAGAGCAUAAUUAUUAUGACACAGAAUCUGAUGACCAAAACAAAUCUCGUUUAUAUUUUUUGCAAAGUAUUUGAUAUAUUUUUU